CUCCCUGCAUGGCGAGCCGUGAAAUGGCCGAGCGCAGGUCGAGGAGCCACUGACGUUCGUAGGAGACGGCAGCUGGGUUUCUCCUAGGUACCGUAGUUGGGCUUGCAGGUGAAGAAGAGGGCAUACAGCUCGUGCUUGACACAGGCAGGGUUGCCCAGAGAUUGAGCUUGCGUGUUGGGAAUGGCGGGCUCGUCGGUAUGUAUGCGGGUUCAGCCCGCUUUGCAUGUGGCACAGCGGGAAACUUGGGGCAGGCGUCAUGUGGGGGAUAGGCUUUCAGAACAUGGCACUUGCAACAGGCCCUUUCGCCCUGCGGCGCGCAGGCCGCAGAUGGUGACGCACAAAAUUCACCAGUUCCAAACCACAAAAGCAGCCAGCAUUAGGAACUUUCCUCGUGCCGGCACGGCAAAGUCGGUAGUUCCAAUACCUUUGGCCGCUUCUCGGGAGCUUUCCUUAGGCAAGUCCGAGUCUGUGUUUCAAAAGACACAGCUGAGGUCAGGAUUUUUAGGGGCGGGGCUUCGCUCCCGGAAUCGAGGUCCAAGCCAUGAAUCAGCAACGAGGGGUGUGGGGUUUCUAAGAGGAGGGGUCCCCUGCUGCCGGCUGUCAGACUCGCUGGAGACACAUGAGGGGUUAGAAAGUGCGAGAGGUUUAGGGUUCGGGUGCGCGCCUCUGCGGGGGCCCCAAAGAAGGAGGGAUGUCGUAGUUAAGGAUAGUCGGAAGACGGGGUCCGGGGGGGCAGGGAGUGGGGCAAAAGCGGAGGGGCCGGUGCCCCCCCUGCACGCGGUGGCGACGCUACAGGAUAAUAGCACUAGGACUGAGUACCUUGAUUCAGAGAUUGUCGACAACACAAACUGGGAAGAAUUUUUGCACACACCGCUGCCGACACACCCGCGGCUCAUCCGAGGACAGCUUGACAACGGGCUUCGCUACGUGAUCCUUCCGAAUGCGCUGCCGCCUAACAGGUUCGAGGCCCAUCUGGAGAUGCACGUGGGGAGCGUCGACGAGUUGGACCACGAGCAAGGCGUCGCGCAUCUGAUCGAGCACGUGACGUUCCUCGGGAGCAAGAAGCGGGAGCGCAUCCUGGGCACGGGGGCCCGCUCGAACGCAUACACCGAUUUUCACCACACAGUGUUCCAUGUACACAGCCCGGUCAAGUCGCAGGAGACGGGAGAGGCGCUGCUGCCGCUCGUGCUGGACGCGCUGCACGAGAUUGCAUUCCAGCCCGAGUUCCCCGACUCUCGGAUCGAGAAGGAGAGGAAAGCGGUGCUGUCGGAGCUGCAAAUGAUGAACACCAUUGACUACAGGGUAGACUGCCAGCUCCUGCAGCACCUGCACAGUGAGAACAAGCUCGGGUGCCGCUUCCCCAUCGGCCUGGAGGAGCAGAUCACCAAAUGGGACUCCGCCACCAUCCAAGCUUUCCAUAAGCGAUGGUACUUCCCCGGAAACGCGACGCUCUUCAUCGUCGGCGACUUCGGCCCCGUGGACCACGUGCUCGACCUGAUCCACAAACAGUUCUCCAAAGUCCCGCCCGCCGUUUACUACCCGAACCGAAACCCCGCGACGUCCCCUGCCGCCGCGAGCCUCCACACCCCUAACCCGGAAACGCAGAACCCCAAACCCUCGCUUUUUUCCGGAUUCUCCCCGUCGCGAUCCCCGUCCCAUACGACUUCCAACUCCCCAAACCCCGAAACGAUCAAACCCUCGCACGCGGCCCUGCAAUCGCUCAGCUCUCUGUUCAACUCGGUUGGAAACCACCAGCCUAACCCGCUGUCGAAAAAGGAGGUUGCGCCUUUUCCGCCGCUUCCGGAGCCGAUCCGGAAGGAGCGGCACCCGAUUCGGCCGCCGGUGGAGCACCAGUGGUCGAGCGAGAGUAUGCUCAAGUACGCAAAAUCGGGUUACCCGGCGAAACGGGGUCUGGAAGUGGUUCCGCAGGUGUUCCAGCACGAGUUGCUGCAGCACUUCUCAAUGAACGUCUUCAGCAAGAACCCCGUUCGGCCCACUCGGACGUACCUGGACCUGCGCAACGUCCUCAUGCAGAGGAUUGUGCUGUCCACCUUCCAAUUCAGGAUCAACACCCGCUACAAGAGCGCUAACCCUCCCUUUAGCACCAUCGAGAUGGACCAUUCCGACUCUGGGCGGGAGGGCUGCUCAGUUACCACACUGACAAUUGUAUCCGAGGCGAAGGAUUGGCGGGGAGCCGUCCAGGUUGCGGUCCAGGAAGUGCGGCGUCUGAAGGAGUUUGGCGUGACGCAAGGCGAGCUGACGCGCUACCUGAAGGCGCUCCUGAAGGACAGCGAACAGCUGGCCGCGAUGAUCGACAACAUCCCGUCGAUCGACAACCUGGACUUCAUCAUGGAGAGUGACGCGCUGGGGCACUCCAUAAUGGACCAGCAGCAAGGGCACGAGUGCCUCAGCGCCGUCGCUGACAGUGUGACGCUGGAAGACGUUAACGCGGUCGCCGUCAACCUGCUCGAGUUUGUCUCUGACUAUGGCAACUCCUCCGCUCCAGUCCCCGCCGCAGUGGUCUGCUGCGUUCCCAAAAUCAUCAGCGGCGACGCGGGCUCCCCCGACGAGCCCUUCUUCAUCACCCCUGAAGAAAUCAAGGACACCAUUGUUAGCGGGUUAGCGGAACCCAUCGAGGGGGAACCCGAUCUGGACGUGCCUAAGAGCCUGAUCCCAAUAGAUGAGUUGGAAGAGAAGAUCAGGACACGGCAGCCAGCGUUUGUGAAACUGGAAGGAGCGGAAAAGGAGGGGCUUACAGCGUACAGGACAUACGACGAGGGGACGGGGGUCGUGCAGCGGCGGCUAUCGAAUGGGAUUCGGAUCAAUUAUAAGAUGACACAGAACGAGGCACGGGGAGGAGUGAUGCGAUUGGUCGCGCCAGGCGGCCGUGCUAGGGAGACGCAGAACGCGAGCGCGGCAGUAGCCAUUGGAACGAGGACGCUCUCCGAGGCGGGCUCCGUGGGGAAAUGGUCCAGAGAACAGGUUGAGCUGUUUUGCGUGGGCAACCUGAUCAACUGCAUCCUGGAGACCGACGAAGAGUUCAUCUGCCUCGACUUCCACUUCGUGAUGCGCGACAACGGCAUGGAGGCCGCGUUCCAGCUGAUGCACAUGGUUCUCGAGGAGCCGGUGUGGCGGGACGACGCGCUCGACCGCGCCAAGCAAAUGUACCUUUCGUACUACCGGUCCAUGCCCAAGUCCUUGGAAAGGGCGACGGCGCACACUCUGAUGAAGAGCAUGUUCAAGGGGGACGCGCGCUUCAUGGAGCCGACGCCGGACGCAAUCGCCAAGCUGGACCUAGAAACCGUCAGCAAGGCCGUGUUCGACCAGCUCAAGACCGGGGAUAUGGAGGUGUCGGUUGUAGGUGACUUCACGGAGGAGGAACUAGAGCGGUGUCUGCUGACGUAUUUGGGCACGCUUCCGGCCAAGCCGGCAACGACGCCUGAGGAGCUUAAGACGCUGGAGGUUCCGUUCCAAGUCGUAACAUCCUUCGAUGCGUCACGGCGGAAUCAAAAGGUGUUGCUGAAAGACACCGACGAGAGGGCGUGCGCUUUCAUCGCUGGCGCGGCACCCAACCGGUGGGGCUAUACCGCCGACGGUGCAGAUUUGAACACCAUCAACCAGCCCUGCCCCCCGGGUCUCUCAGUCCAACAAAUCCACGCAAUGGCCACUUUCGGCUCGCGCGUGAUGGUCGACGACGAGGGAUCCCUCUACUGGCAGCGCAAACGUCACCCCCUCUACGCGAGCGUCGCGCUUGCGAUCCUUGCUGAGAUCAUCAACUCCCGGCUCUUCACAACGGUCCGCGACGCCCUCGGGCUGACGUACGACGUGUCGUUCGAGCUCAGCUUGUUUGACCGGCUCAAAACCGGGUGGUUUGUGAUUUCGGUUACCAGCACCCCGGGGAAGAUCGAGGAGGCGGUGAACGCGUCCCUGAGCGUGCUCAAAGGGCUGAACGACGACCGGAUUAGCGACCGGGAGCUGGCCCGGGCGAAGCGGACGCUGCUGACGCGCCACGAGUCGGACCUGAAGGACAACGCCUACUGGCUGAGCCUGAUGACGCACGUGCAGACGCCAUCGGUCCAUCGCAAGGACGUCGGGUGCAUACGCGACCUGAUCUACCUGUACGAGUCGUGCACCACCGAGGACGUAUACAACGCAUACGACUUCCUGGCGCUGGAAGACGAGAACCUGUACACGUGUAAGGGCAUCGCAGGCCCGCCAGAGCUGCUCCAAAAGCACGCUGACGUCGAGGCGAUGGUGAUCGAAGUCGAGGGGGAGUCGGACUCCGAAGAUGGGCAAACGGACGCUCUUCUAUUAGGAGCUUCUAGCGGGAGGGGUCGUUCGACUGUGACAAGACCAACAACGUAGGGUAGUUCUUCGUCUUCCUAGUUUCACCGCGUUGCAUCUAAAGAUAGGUUCGUUCGAAACCUUCUGAGAAAAGGAUCGGGACACUAUUCACAAGGACGCGUUAGAGAUUGACUUGCGAAGGACGGCGAAGGACGGCUUGCUUGAAACCUUUGGUUCGAAGUUUGAUUCAAUUGCUCGAGGCUGUUAUUUAUGUUGGAUGUCACUGGUUCUACGAGACAGCUUUGUUUUCUCACAAUCACUGCCAAUUGAGCGAAGUGUUUCUUCACG